AGAACCUCGUAGGUCACUGUGAUUGACAGUGCACUGCGCGUGUAUUUGUUUGGCACUUAAAAAGGCUGUCAUAUUCUGUAUUACACCCAUACAAGUGUUGAUGUAUGUGUAAAUAAAAAAUUUAAGGUCUUCAAUAAAACAACAAAAUCACUAUAAUCCUGAUUAUCUCUAAAGAUCACUUGGUAUACUAAUAGACAAUACUUUUGAUAUAAGUAUACAAAUCAAUAAUUGCGUGAAAAAUUCGCGUGCUGUUAUGACAUUAAUGUCAUAAAAUAUGACAUAAAAUAUCUGGAAUGAUGAGUAGGCGCGGGCGCCGGUGGGGAUCAGCGGCAGUCGACGGUGCGCGCUCGGUGAGACAGCCUCGACUUUUUGGCGGGAGUUCUACUUCCAACUAGUUAAAGGAAAAUGAGGGGACGCCUGCUGUUCCUGGUACUAAUGGUGGCGGUUGUGUGCACUGCCGACGCCGAGAGACACCGUCGGCGGCACCGUCGCCUGCGCACCACCACCACGGAGGCCCCGCGCCGGCCGCAGCCGCCACGAGAAGACGCUGAGGCCGAACAUCUGGAGCUGGGCAUGGCUGAGCGCAUGGACGAACGCCGCUUCCAGGAAGCAGAAAAGGCGCGAGUUAAUGAAAUACUCAAUGAAAACUCAAAUGAAGGGAACUCUGACAACGAUAUGUUUAUUGAUGACCCUUGCCUGAAAGUGCACUGUAGUGCGGGACGCGUGUGUGAAAUCGACGAACACGGAGACGCAGUCUGUAACUGUAUCAAGGAGUGCCCGUACGAGACCGACUCUCGCCGCAAGGUGUGCACUCACCACAACGAGACGUGGUCGUCGGACUGCGAGGUGUACCGGCAGCGCUGCCUGUGCCUGGACAACUCGGAGCUGUGCCGCGGGCCGCAGUACCACCACGUGCAGAUCGACUACUACGGCGCCUGCCGCGAGAUGCCCCCGUGCACGGAGAGCGAGAUGUCGGACUUCCCGCGGCGCAUGCGCGACUGGCUGUUCAACAUCAUGCGCGACAUGGCGGAGCGCCGCGAGCUGUCCGAGCACUUCCUGCGCAUGGAGCGCGAGGCCGAGUCCAACCUCACGCGCCGCUGGACCAACGCCGCCAUCUGGAAGUGGUGCGACCUGGACGCGCACGACAACGACCGGUUCGUGUCCCGCCACGAGUUGUUCCCAAUCCGGGCGCCGCUGAUGGCCCUGGAACACUGCAUCGGACCGUUCCUGGAUCUCUGCGACGAGGACAACGACCACCGCAUCACGCUCGCAGAGUGGGGCAAGUGCCUGCAGCUCGAUGAGUACGAGUUAGAAGACCGCUGCGACGAGCUUACCGAUGCAGCCUCAUAAAUUCAUCUUGUACAAAAUAUCAAAUAAUUAUGAAAUACUUAAAAAGAAUUACUAUAAAAUAACAGCUUUUGUCAUUCAUAAUAAAAUCUGAGAUUUUAGAUGUAAUUGUAUAUUGAUAAGAUAUUUUUAUUAAUUAAUAAGUUUUGUACGACGAUUUUGUAGAAUAUUCUAAGUUGUAACCAUUUAAAAAGUAAAAUGCAAUACUUUGUAAUUAAAAAUUAUUAACAUGUUUACAAUAAUGUUGGUAACAAUGUAGUAUAUAUCACUGCCAAGAGAUUCUUUUAGCGUAGUAUAUUUCAUUUACUUCUCUAAAAAUUAUAACAAUUCAUUUGGAUGGUAGUAAGUUACUAUUGAAAUGUGCAUUUAUUUUUAAUGGUAAUAAUACUGUGAUCGUACAACCAAAAACCUUCAUGUAAAUUAGUGUUUUGAAAUAAAGUGUUCAUUUUCU